GUCCAACAUAACAACAAGCACAAGCAUGCCGACCGACGCGCGCCACCAGCCUGGCGAUUAUCUACUGCCGUACGGCUUCUUCGACUGCCUUCCACUCAUGGCCGCGGACCUCGAGUACCUCGAGUCGCUCGCCCGGCACACGCUCGAGGCGACGCUCAAUGCGCUUCAGUGCCACGACGCGACGGCGUGGAGCUCGCUCGGCGAUGUCCACGGCGCUCACCUCUUCCAGGGCAAGCCGCGCCCGAGCGAGCCGCAGAUCGUGCCGUUCCGGUCGUCGACCACGAUGGCGGCAAGUCUCGACGAGGUCUGCGACGUCGUCGCCAACAUCUCGACCGAGGCGAUGGCCAAGUCGCUGCGGGUGCGCGCCGACGAUGUGUUGGACAUGAAGGUGCUCUACCACCUGCAGUCGCCGACGAGCGAAGCGCCGCACCGCCAUGUGCUGGUGCGCUGGAUGGCCAUUGCGUGCCCGACGCCGCUCCAGAACCGCGACUUUUGCGUCCUCGAAGUGCAAGACCAAGUCCAACUCGCGUCCGGGCAGCGCGCGUGGGUCAUCGCGCAGCACUCGGUGCGGUUACCGUGCUGUCCCGACCUCAAGGGCGCAUUCCAGCUCGUGCGUGGGGCCAUUUUCAACUCUGGCAUGCUCUUUGCCGAGUCCAACGAAGCCGGCGUACUGCAUGCCCACAGCCAUGUCGAGAUGGAUUUGAAGGGCAACUUGCCGUCGUUUGUAUACAAGAAGCUCAUGAAGCGCCGCGUGGGCCACCUCGUGGACCUCCAGUCGACAAUUCUCACGCAACGCACAAAGAAGGAACGGAGUCUCUCGGCGACGAUGCACUUUUCACCGCGCCACCGACACCAUGGGACCCCAGGCGUAGUCCACGUGCCAUCGAGCGAGCGCAGCCAUUGCAACUACUGCUCCAAGCGCUUCCACGCGUUUCGCCACAAGCACCACUGCUCGACGUGCGGCGAGGUCUUUUGCUCCAAGUGCACGGGCACGUGGAAGUCGAUGCAUGCGUCCACCCAGCGCGUCUGCGUCAAUUGCUCGAAUGCGAUUUGCGACCGGUUCUCGGAUGCGCAGAGCCCCGUCUUUGGCUGUAGCCCCCACGGUGGCGGCCUCGUGAGCCCCGCCCACGACCACGUCGCACGCCGUCCGCAGUACUCGCCGUCGUGUAUGCAGAGCCAUUCACGCCCGAUCGAGACAGACGAUCCGCUCUUGGCUGCGUGGCAGUCGCUGCGGCUUUCCUCAGGUGGCGACGUGCCCAUUCGCGACAUGCACUCGGAGAAGACGACAUCGACGCUUCAAGACCUCUGCGACGACCCUGUCUCCAAGCUGCUCGCGGGCGACUGGGACUGCUACGACCCGACGGCGACAAUCGACAUUUCGGCGCAGCUGCAGCAGGCGGCGCUCGAGCGCAGCUUUGGCCACCGAUCCGAGUCGCGCCGCGACCGCUCGUACAAGGUCUGGUAGUUGUUUCCUGUAUUGUAUUUCUUAAGUGUCGUAAAUCCAAAGCAAAAACGUCGUCGUCCAUGAUGCCAA